AUGAAUAACGAACCCAAUCUAGAAGACCAAUAUGCAGCUUUUAAUAUUGAGGAUGAAGAGGAAGAAGAGUUGAUCUUUGAGGGGGGGAAUGAUGAUUCGGCUGACAUAGACGACAGGUGGUGUUUGGUUGGCCGUUUCCUCACACAUCGGUCAAUAGAUUUCCAAGCAAUGCAAAAUAAAAUGGCACAGUUAUGGCAGCCAGGAAGAGGAUUGUAUGUGAAAGAAUUGGAACAUAACCUCUACCUAUUCCAAUUCUACCAUGAAGUAGAUAUCGAAAGAGUAAUGGAGGGUAGUCCGUGGACAUUUGAUAGAGUCCCUUUGAUAUUCGAGAGGCUGAAGCAAGGCGAAAACCCCCGGUCUGUGGUUCUGAACAGGAUCGAAUUCUGGGUGCAAAUUCAUAACAUGACUACGGGUUUUAUGUCGGAAGUGGUGAUCCAGAGACUUGGGAAUUACAUUGGAACAUAUGUAAAAUCUGAUCCUAAUAACUUCAUAGGUGUGUGGAGAGAUUACCUGCGCAUUCAUGUCAAAGUUAACAUCGAUCAACCGUUAAAAAGAAAGAAAAAAGUUGUUAAACAAGGCGGUAUGUGGUGCUAUGCUUUAUUCAAGUAUGAAGACCUCCCUACAUUCUGUUUCAUAUGUGGAGUGCUGGGACACACUGAGAGAUUCUGUGAUAGACUCUUUGAUACCCCGAUAGACCAAAUUGAAAAACCGUAUGGGUUGGAGAUGAAGGCAGCCCCAAGACGGAGAAACUAUGCUGCUGGUGCGAGGUGGCUGAGGUCGGGAAGCAUGAACAGAGCCGGCACCGAUCGUAAUCCCGGUAAUCCUGCAGUGUCUAAUCCCACUAAUCUUGGAACUGGGAUAACUCAUAAUCGCGUGAGAUCAGGAGGCAGCCAAUCAGGGAUAUCAAAUACAAUAAAUCAUGAAUCAAAUGCGGCUAUGAAUCCGGUCAACCACAUCCCAAGAAGAAUAAUAGAGAUCCCUUCGAAGGAAACUGAAGUGAUAAAUAAGGAAGGUCAAGGGGGAGAGCAAAAUCCGGAACUUGAAGGAGAGGCUUUUGACACGGGUGUUGUAAAUGCUGAUGAAGCUCUUCUUUUUCUAGAAAAUAAAAAAAGAAGAAUGGGCCUUGACCACCAUCAUGGGCUUUUAGAAGCACAAAACAUGGAAGUUUUUAAAAAUGACACAAACCCAAAUGGGCCAGGAGUUUUGUUUGAUGUGGAAAUGGUUACUGAAAUGGGUGGCAAUACAAAAAACUUGUCUGGGGCGGGCUCUGUUUCACAGACCCGCCGGGAAUUAUGA